UCGCCCGUACUAAAACCCUCGUAUUGUAUACAUAUGUACAUAUGCCUUCAAUUUAAUGAUACGAAAAGAAAAGGGACUCUUUUUAUUGCAACUUUGGAAAAGAAAAAGAAAGAAUUAAACUGAUAAAGAGGGACUCUUUUAUUAAUCUCUCUUUGUAUUUGCUUAAUCAAAAUAUUUUAAGCCGAAGUGCUUUUUUCUCUUUUCUAAUCCCUUUUUAGUUCACCUCUCUUUCUCUGUUUCUGCGUAUUCUUUUUUUUUUUUUCUCCAAGAAUAAUGGCAGCACAUAAUUCGAUUCUUAUGUAUUCUAGUUGGCGUUACACGAUUCUAUUCUUGUUCUUUUCAUGUCUCUUCGGACACUCUCAUUCAUUAAACCAACAGUUCAGUUCUUACAAUACAUUCACUGUUUCCAGUUUUAGAUACCCCAAAUCUGUGGUCAAGCCAUAUGAUUUGCGUUAUAUCAGAGUUGAUUUGCCGCCAUGGUUCUCUUCUAUGUCCAUUGCAGUGGAGUCAGAUGUGGAUCUUGAUGCUAAAAGCAUAUCUAAGGUUCCUAAAAGCACCUUGCCAAUGAUCUGCUUCAGAGAUGGUAGCCCCCCUCUACCAGAUGUCUUAAACAGUUCUGCUAUAGAAUUAGGACCUCUCAAUAAUGGAUCAUUUGCAGCACCAGAUAGUCCUCAGAGUGUUCAGUGCUACCCAAUGCAGAAGAAUAUGAUGGUCAAGCUGACAAAUGAACAGAUAUCUCCUGGAGUAUGGUAUCUUGGUCUUUUCAAUGGCAUUGGAGCUACAAGGACACAAUCAAAAAUGAUUAUACGUAGCCCCUCAUACUCCUUUAGUGCCAAUAUCAGUGUCAAAGGAUGUACAACCUCAACAAUGUGGGGCCAGUACUGCAACCAGACAAUUGACUCACUUUCAUGUUCUCUAUACGGCAGUAAUACCCCGACAGAAAAUAUCUCUGUUGCCAGCUUCCAUACAAAUCAAAAUGUGGUCUCUUGCAAAAAUUUUGAGGCUUCAUGUCAUGGAGGAGGUGAAUUGAAAGUCUAUUUGCUGGAUUUGCUGGGAAUAGCUGAAUUAAUGACAAUUAUGGCAGUAAAUGUCAGUUCAACUACAAACCCUUCAAAUAACAAUGUUAAUGCUAGUGGAACUAAUUUAACUUAUUUUGUUCGGCAUGGUGCAAUGCCUUCAAUGGAACUGCAUGAUUAUUCUGGUGACAUAAAUAAAACUCCUUUGGUUAUUCGCGCACCAAAAGUUGGACGCUGGUUUAUUGCUAUUUUGCCUUCUCUUUCCAAAGAACUUGGAGGGAGUCAGAAUAGCAGCACACGAGUUUGCUAUUCUAUUGACUGGAAAGUGCUUCAGUGUCCACUAGGGAAGGCUGGAUUGAAUUGUACAUUAGAAACUUAUGUACUUGAGACAGUUCUGAGGAGAGACUCCUCCCCUUUUGAAUCCUAUUAUUUGCCAAUCACUGGAAAAGUGACUCCAGAUUCAGCUAAUUUUCCUAUUGAGCCCCUCUCAAGCAAUGCCUCAUAUGGUGGAGAACCCGAUAAUUCUUGGACUUAUUUUCUUCUAAACAUUCCUCGUGGUGCAGCUGGAGGAAACAUCCAUAUCCGACUAACAUCAGACACAAAGAUAAAUUAUGAAAUAUAUGCUAGAGUUGGUGGAGUCCCAUCUCUUGACAAUUCGGACUAUUAUUACGUGAACAAGACGAGAAGCAGUGAUGGCUCCCCAUUUUUCUUGCUGUAUAACUCAAGUGAAGGGAAGGUUGAUUUUUACAUCUUAUAUGUCCAAGAAGGAACUUGGACUUUUGGAUUGAAGCAUUUAAAUACCAGCAUUAAAAAUCCAAAUGACCAGACCAUCAUGUCUGUUUCUGUCGAGAGAUGCCCAAGAAGAUGCUCUUCUCAUGGGGAGUGCAAAGUUGCUUUGGAUGCCAGUGGAUUAACUUCGUACAGCUUUUGCUCCUGUGACCGAACUCAUGGAGGCUUUGACUGCAGUGUUGAAAUUGUUUCACAUCGAGGGCAUAUACAACAAUCGAUUGCUCUUAUUGCAUCAAAUGCCGCAGCUAUACUUCCUGCAUAUUGGGCUCUUCGGAAAAAGGCAUUGGCAGAAUGGGUGCUCUUCACAUCUAGUGGAAUUUCAAGCGGGUUAUAUCAUGCAUGCGAUGUAGGCACCUGGUGUGCAUUAUCAUUUGGUGUCUUGCAGUUCAUGGACUUUUGGCUCUCUUUUAUGGCUGUGGUGAGCACUUUUGUAUACUUAACUACCAUUAAUGAAGCUUAUAAGAGGACAAUUCAGACAGCUGUUUCCAUUCUCACAGCUCUCAUGGCUAUAACCAAGGCUACCAGGUCUUCCAAUAUUAUUCUUGUGAUGGCAAUCGGAGCACUUGGUCUUUUUGUUGGGUGGCUAAUAGAGUUCUCUACCAACUUUAGGUCAUUCUCCUUUUCUACAGAAUUCUGUUUCAGUAUGCCCACAGGAUGGCAAACCAUUAGAGGAUGGUUCAAAAAUCUACUCAAGACACUUCUGAGAAGAUUCCGAUGGGGUUUUGUACUAGCGGGCUCGACUGCAUUGGUCAUGGCAGCUAUAAGCUGGAAACUGGAAAGCAGUGAGAGCUACUGGAUAUGGCACAGCAUGUGGCAUGUGACCAUAUAUACAUCUUCCUUCUUCUUCCUUUGUUCAAAAGUUGAUGCAGUAAAUAGUGAGAAUCAAAGCCUUCCAGAUGGGAACUAUGCAUUAACUCGGCAGGAUUCAUUUUCCAGGGGUGAAUAGAUAGGCGGGCGGGGUGGAGAGGUUUUCUCUGAAAUUUAGCUCACAGCUCCUGUAAGAAAAUGAGUAGGUUGUCAACACAUUGAGAAGAAGUAGCUACCGGUGCUAAAAUAAGACUUCUUUGUUCGCAUUAACCAAAAGCAACUCUGGCCGAAAUGGAAGAAAUACAUAUAUAAUAUACGGCAGCCACAAAAGCUGUGUGUUGCCAAUUCUUUCUGCUCCGUGCUCCCCAUUUCUCAGUCGGCAUUUGUUUCCCUUUUGUAAAUGUUAUGUACAGACUAUAGGUAGGUUAAGUUAGAGAAUGAGUAGAAAUUAUACCUAAAAGCUAUAGGGGGAGCAGGGUAGCACAUGAUAAAGGUCUCAUGUAAAGAUUAUUUUGCUCAACUUUUUAGAAUUUUCUUAUUUUUUUGAAUUUUAUCAUGGUUGCUUUCA